GAGCCGCCCACGCUGCGCUCGGCGCACGCCGUAGCCGUCUUCCUGGGACGCGCGCAGUCGCGCGGCGUGCCGAGCCGGGCGGGCGGCCAUGGCGCGGCGGGCGAGGAGGUAGCGGAGCCCGAGGCCGGGAGGCGGGGACCGCCAUGGCCCGGCGGCGGCGCCGCGCGUGCAUCGCGCUGUUCCUGGUGCUGCUCUUCGCCUUCGGCACCCUCAUGGGCCUGCGCACGCUCAAGGCUCCGGACGGACUCCCGGCGCUGGGCCCCGGCCUGGAGCUGGCGUCCUUUGAGCGCCGCCCGGAGGGGGUUCCCAUGCCCGCCGCCCGGGCCCCGGCAGCCCCCGCCGCGCCGCCACCGCCGCCGCUCCGCCCGUCGGGCCCCAGGAGCCCCCCAGACCCGGCCCCCGCGGAGGUGGAGCCCGCCCCCGCGCGGAGCCUGCGCGUCUACUCCGACCUGCACGCCUUCUACUACUCCUGGUACGGGAGCCCACGGCGCGAGGGCCACUACGUCCACUGGGACCACGUCAUGGUGCCGCACUGGGACCCCAAGAUCUCGGCCAGCUACCCCCGAGGGCGGCACAGCCCCCCCGACGACCUGGGCUCCAGCUUCUAUCCAGAACUGGGGCCCUACAGCUCUCGGGAUCCCGACGUGCUGCGGGAGCAUAUGGCCCAGCUCAGGGAAGCCGCCAUCGGGGUUCUGGUCCUGUCCUGGUACCCACCUGGCAUGGCUGAUGAUAACGGGGAGCCCUCAGAUGAUCUGGUGCCUGCCAUUCUUGAUACUGCCCAUCAAUACAACAUCCAGGUGGCUUUCCACAUCCAACCCUACAAGGGCCGAGAUGACAUCACUCUGCACGAUAAUGUCAAGUACAUCAUUGACACGUAUGGCUCCCAUGGUGCAUUUUACCGCUAUAAGAACAGCAUGGGCAAGAGCCUCCCGCUCUUUUAUAUCUACGACUCAUACCUGACAUCCCCUGAGGCCUGGGCCCACCUCCUGACACCAAAUGGGCCCCACUCAAUCCGCAACACUCCAUACGAUGGGGUCUUCAUAGCAUUGUUGGUGGAAGAGGGCCACACCCAUGACAUCCUAGCUGCUGGAUUUGAUGGCAUGUAUACCUACUUUGCCUCCAAUGGUUUCUCCUUCGGCUCUUCCCAUCAGAACUGGAAAGCUGUGAAGAACUUUUGCGAUGCCAACAACCUCAUGUUCAUUCCCAGUGUAGGGCCUGGCUACAUUGACACCAGCAUCAGGCCUUGGAACAACCACAAUACUCGAAACAGGGUCAAUGGCAAAUACUAUGAAACAGCCCUGCAGGCAGCGCUGACAGUGAGGCCUGAGAUCGUUUCCAUCACCUCUUUCAAUGAGUGGCAUGAGGGCACCCAGAUUGAAAAGGCCAUACCCAAGAAGACACCAACUCGGCUGUAUUUAGACUACUUGCCCCAUCAGCCCAACUUGUACCUAGAGUUGACUCGCCGCUGGGCAGAGCACUUCAUCAAAGAGAAGGAACAGUGGCUAAUGUGAGGGGCUGGCAAAUUGAGCCUGAGGUGCUAGUGUCCUAGCCUCCAGGGAAGAUGUUCUCCUGUGGGGCUCAGCUGAGACGAGAAGCACUUGCUGUUCUCCAAGUCAUGCCUGAGCCCAUGUAAAGCAUGUUUCUAACAACACCAGGCACUGUUCCAGAGAAACAGGCUGACAGGUGACCGGACUUAGCCCAGGGCAACUCCACAUCCUCACACUUUAAGCACUUCCAGUUUUGAACUUGGCAGGUUGGCAUCAUGGCACAACCCAGUCAUUGUUCUUGGAAGAGGAACAGGGUUCUGGGCAAGCAUGCACCGUGCUCCCUUCUGCCAACCUGUAUCUACUUUUUGGACUGCUUUCCCACAUUUGUCUUCUAAGUUUUAAGACCUUCUAAUGGGAAAUUCUAGCUUUAAGUUUUUUUUGUUUUGUUGUUAUUGUUGGUUUUGUUUUCCCCUGGUAGAUCUUGAACCCAAUUAUUAGGAAAUAAUCCUGAGCAUUCACUUUCAUUCACCACAUACUAAUUGAGCACCUAUGUGUUAGGUGCUAUGGGCAGACUUGACCAAGGGGUGGUACCUGUCCUCCUGAAGCCUCCAGUAUCCCAGCCUUCCUUAUUUUGGAGUGACCUUGUAGCUCAUGCCUGAGCACAAGAAUUUUUGCUAACCUGGGCUGGGAGUUCGGUUCUUUUCCCUUUCAGAAUAUACCUCUGUACUCCAGAGCCUGCAUUUUCCAGAUGAACACCUAGCUCCAGGGAGAGGACUAGGAUACCCUACUCCCUUUAGUUGCCUAAACUGAAUGAGGCCCACCCACUAGAGCCAUUUUCAGUGCUACUGUGAUUUGUAUUAAAUGUGAUAGUCUC